CCUGGCCAUACCGCCGGGAUCACUCAACAGCUCCGCCUCCUCGCCGGUGAUUGGCCUCUGGAACUGUAUCUCAGGAGAGGCACACAGGCGGCCAAUCACUGGCAAGGAGGUGAAGCUUGGAGAGGAGGAGCUGAGCGGCAGCGUGAAGAUCAAAGAAAAUUGAGUGAGCUGCCGGAGCGACUGAAGAGGAGAGCGGCCGGAGAAGGAAGACAGCUGACCGGUAAGUCCAGGUAUGCUGGCUGUAGAUGGGAGAUGGAGGGAGCGAGCCCAGGCUGGAGCAGGGGUCAGCAAGGUAAGUAUCAUUGGUGUCAGUGGGAG